GCUGCACACAUCCCUGGUGGGACAUUGCUCCCUGUUGUGCCAGUGCCCUGCUCCCAGCCAGCCCCUUCCCGCACUCCCUCAUGGUUUUACUCCCAUUUCCAGGCAGCAUCUCCUCCUCCAGACCCCUGUCCCUGACCUGGCUCCCUUCCCAGAGCUCCCAUGUGCCCUCACUGCCCCGCACCCUCACAGUGAGCAUUCAGCCCCAUGCUGGAUGCAGCCCGCGGGGGGGGAUGCUGGGGGGUGAGGGGGCGUGUCAGGGACCACUGUGAUAACAGCAGGGGCUGUGCCAGGGCAUCAAAAGCAGACGGCACAGACGAGCGGGAUGAGCCAGGCCCCCCUGUCUUCAGCACCCCGGGGCUGCAGCAUGAGGCUGGGUUCCUCACGCCUCCUCCAUGCCCUCUGCAUCCUCUCAGUGCUGGCCGGGCUUCUGCCCCAUGGCACAGCCCAGUGGUUCUACCCACUGGGCUCAGAAGACACCACUCCAGAGCCCGGCACCAGCCCCGCCACCCCCACGCUGCCCACCCUGGGUGGGGAGGAAGAUGCUGCUGACACAGAGCCCGUGAAGAAGCUGCCGCUGAGCAAACCACCAUUGGGAACGGACUCGAGGAGACGGGAGCCCUCUGCCAGGACCAAGGGCCGGGGCCGUGCCCUGCUGAACACACGAGCCCAGCACAACCACCCCAUGGCCACCCCGCAGAUCUUUGAGGGCAGCGCAGAGGAGGAGGAGUUCCUGCAGAUCAAGACCACACCAAAGGGACUGCCCCAGCGUGUGCCCAUGGCCCCCGGGCUGGAUGUGACCCUGCAGAUGCACAACGGCUCCAGCUGCAUCUGCCCUGCGCGCCCCGGCCCUCCCGGCCCCAAGGGAGAGAAAGGCGACCGCGGUUUCCCCGGGGAGCGGGGCCAGCCAGGGCUGUCUGGGGAGAGAGGGAGGACAGGCAGCCCGGGGCCGCCAGGUCACCAGGGGCCUCGGGGCCCCCCUGGACCACCGGGACCUCCAGGGCCACCGGGACCACCGGGUGCUGGGGGAGCCAGGAGUCCACCUGCACCCGCAGUGAUCUCCAAAGAAUCAGAGAGAGAGCUGGGAGCAGCCAGCCCCAAUGGGAAGCCAGGACCCCCCGGCGCCCCAGGGCUGCCUGGCCCCCCCGGCCCCCCAGGCUACCCAGGUCAUGAAGGCACUCCAGGGCUCCCUGGGCGGGAGGGGCAGCCUGGUCCCCCCGGCCCACCAGGGGCUGUGGGACCGCCUGGGUUCCCAGGGAGUGAAGGAGCACCAGGAUCCCCAGGCUUGGCUGGGCCCGAUGGCCCCCCAGGGGCACCGGGACUCCCAGGCAAACAGGGACCCCCUGGGGCACCUGGGCACGAAGGGCCCCCCGGCCCCCCCGGACCCGCGUCAUUCCCUGGCAAACCAGGACUCCGAGGGGAGCCGGGAUUCCCAGGAUUAAAGGGUGAGAAGGGUGAGCAAGGGCUGCCGGGCAUGCCAGGGAGCCCUGGCCGCACCGGAGAGAUGGGAGCCCCAGGGAUGCCCGGUCCUAUGGGACCACCGGGGCCACCAGGGGACUACAGGUGUGAACCACGCCACGCUGGGCACCAUGGAGCCACUGGGCACCACGGAGCAGCUGGGCCACCGGGUCCCAAGGGUGAAAAGGGUGAUCCAGGAGAGCGGGGGUGCUGCUACGGGGAGCCUGGCUGCAAACCAGGCCACCUCCCGUUCCCCAGCCCUGGCAGCCAGCCCAGCGCCUGGUACCAACCGCACAGCAAGGAAGAGCCGGAUAUCUAUGGAGCAAUCAUUCCCCAUGGUCCCCGAGGUCCCCCCGGUCCGCCCGGUCCCCCUGGUCCCCCCGGAGCACCAGGACUCCUCUACCUCAAUCGGGUGUACCCCAUGCGCGGACAGCAGCCCUGCAAGCAGCCGGCAGCGGCCAAUGCAGCCUGGGCAGUGGCUUCUCCAGAUGCUGAUGUUCCCCAUCCAGAGCCGCUGGAGCCCAGCACCGACCUCCGGCGCCAGACGUGGGUGUUCAGGUCUAAGGAGCUGAUGCUGAGGUCUGGCAGCUCUGUCCCCGAGGGCAGCCUGGUCUACGUGCAGGAGGGGAGCAACGCCUUCCUGCGCACCCCCCGGGGCUGGAGCAGGCUGCUGCUGGAGGACUCAGACUCGCUCUUCGUGGGUGAUGACCCCUCCGCCUCCACGCCGCAGUACCAGGAGGCGAAGCAGGCACAGACACGAGGUCCCAACACAGAGCCACCCUCGGGGGCCCGAGCAGACUCACUGGUGAGCAGAGGGAUGGAGGUGGCACCAGGAGACCCCGGGUGGCAGUGGGAUGAGGAGGGGGAUGCACCCUGGGCACUGAGACUGCUGUCCCCAGCGUCCCCGUUAUUGCAGGUCCCGAAGGAGGAUGGAGCUGGGCUGCCCAGCACCCUGCCGACCACCGCCGCCCCCAGGAUGCCCUCUCUCCGUCUGGUGGCCCUGAACGUGCCCCUCUCCGGGGACAUGAGCGGCAUCCGCGGCGCCGACCUGCAGUGCUACCGGCAGUCACAGGAGGCUCGGCUCUACGGCACCUUCCGGGCGUUCCUGUCGGCCCCCAGCCAGGACCUGGCCUCCAUCGUCAAGAGGACGGACAGGACCCUCCCCAUCGUCAACCUGAAGGGCCAGCUGCUGGCUCGCUCCUGGAGCUCCCUCCUGCAGAGCCAGGCUGGAGCCGCCCCGCGGAGCCCCAUCUACACCUUCAAUGGGCGCAACGUGCUGACGGACGCCCUCUGGCCCCGCAGGCUGGCAUGGCACGGAUCCACGCCGCGGGGCGGCCACGCUCAGCGCCGGGACUGCCAGGGCUGGCGGAGCUCCGGCCCCGGGGGCGGCCUGGCGGCCCCGCUGGGUCAGGGCAGGCUGCUGGCCGGGCGGCGGCACAACUGCUCCGAGGCGCUGGUCGUGCUGUGCGUGGAGGUCGCCUUCCCGUACCGCCACAUGUGGUGACGGCCCCGAGCCCCGGGAGCGGGCAGGGAACACCGGGAGGACGUCCGUCCCGCCCCGUCCCUGCGCACAGCCAGCCCCGCACCUCCGGCACCGCCCCGUUCACGUUUCCCUCCGAAUAAAAGAUGAGAAAAAG